AUGCCUAACGUUGAAGCUAGAGAGGCACCGGCUUCACUUGAGACUGGGACUGGGUCUCACGAUAGAGCGGACGACGCACUGUCCCAAGCCAUGUUGAGAAUUUUGCAAAGAGUCGUUGGGCCCAAUAUUGAGGUCACUGAGAGGAUCAUGGAUGACCUCGACUGCACCCCUGAACAAAAACUGAAAGGUACGGUGUCUUUGCUAAGAGAUGAAGCCUAUCAAUGGUGGCUUACCGUUAAAGAGGGAACUCAGCCCGACCGACUAACUUGGGAAUUCUUCAAAACUUCUUUCCAAGGAAAAUACAUGGGUGCUAGUUAUGUGGAUGCCCGGAGGAGAGAGUUUGUUAAUUUAACUCAGGGGGGUAAGUCUGUGGUUGAAUAUGCGGCAGAAUUUCUGUACUUGAGUCGCUAUGCGCGAGGCAUAGUGGCAAAAAAAUAUGAGCGCUGUGUCCAGUUUGAGAAUGGCCUCAGAGAUAAUUUAAGAAGGAAGGAACAAGAGGGUUUGGGAACCCUCAAGAGGCCUAAGAAAAAGGCCAGAAUUGAUGGGCCGAUUAGAGUUGGGCCCCCUGCUACUGCUUUUGGGUCGCAACCUUGUACUGUUUGUGGGAAACACCUUCAGGGUGAAUGCUGGGUACAGAUAGGGGCGUGUUUGAGGUGUGGAUCCUUAGAGCAUCACAUCAGAGAUUGUCCGCGUAGGCUCGAUCAGAUGCAAGCUACUGGUAUGGGUACUGUCCAGCCAUCGAGAGGUGUUCAGUAG